AAUUUUACGUUGGCAAAGAAAACAUUCCUCUUGGGUGUUGUCCGGCUUGACGAUUGUGACAACGCUGAACGUAAUGAUCAAACAAUCUAAUUUGAUUCUUUGACUCAAGAAGUAUUUUAUUUUCCACGAUCAGAUCAAUUCAAAUAUGAAAUUAUGAUGAGCUGCUCAGUAUUACAUUAUUUUUUGUUGUUCUUCUGCAUCACCACAUACAUAAAAGCAGAUUCAGCAAGAUAUUACUACGACUACGAAUGUAACGAGCCUCUUGUAGAAGCUGCUAAACUUAGUGCUACUUCAAGUUUAAGGGAGAGAGGGCCGGAGAAUGCUAAGUUGUAUGGCUCAUCAGCAUGGACCGCGAUGGAGAGCUCGUACUACCAGCACCUGACGGUGAACUUGCACGCGCGUAAGGACCUCCGGGCGGUCGCCACUAGAGGGCGCUUCGCCACCGACGAGUAUGUCACGGAGUACAUGAUACAGUACUCCGACGAUGGGGAGAGUUGGCGGUCUUUGUCCAGAGCUGAUGGGUACACGCAGAUGUUUGAAGGCAACCACGAUGGGAAUACGGUGGUGAAGAAUGAGUUCGAAGUUCCGAUCAUUGCUCAGUACAUCCGCAUCAACCCGAUGAGAUGGCGGGACAAGAUAUCGAUGAGGGUCGAAGUGUACGGUUGCGAUUAUGUUGCCGAUACACUGUACUUCAACGGAUCGUCGUUAGUGAAGGUGGAUUUACUCCGGGACCCGAUAUCGGCGUCUCGCGAGGCGAUCCGGUUCCGGUUCAAAACGACUGUCGCGUCCGGAGCGUUGAUGUACUCGCGCGGGACACAAGGGGACUACAUCGCGCUACAGCUCCGGGACAAUCGUCUCGUCCUUAACAUUGACCUCGGAUCCGGCACGUUAACGUCGCUGUCGGUGGGCAGUCUGCUGGACGACAACAUCUGGCACGACGUGGUCAUAUCGCGGAAGAGACGAGACAUCGUGUUCUCAGUGGACCGCGUCGUGGUCCAGGGACAGAUCAAAGGGGAGUUCUCCAGGCUGAAUCUGAAUAGAGCUUUGUAUAUCGGAGGAGUCCCUAACUUCCAAGAGGGGAUGGUCGUGACGCAGAAUUUCACGGGAUGCGUCGAGAACAUGUAUCUGAACAACACUAAUGUUAUCCAAGAUCUCAAGCAAGGUUAUGAAACUGGUGAAGCGUUUAAGUUUCAGAAAGUGAAUACGUUGUACAGCUGCCCAGAGCCGCCCGUGGUGCCCAUCACGUUCCUCAAGGAGGGCUCGUACGCCAAGCUGCGCGGGUACUCCGGCGGAAACACUCUCAACGUCUCGCUGGAGUUCCGCACCUACGAGCACCACGGACUGCUCAUCUACCACAAGUUCAAGACAGACGGAUAUGUCAAGGUAUUCCUAGAGGAGGGUAAGGUGAAGGUGGAAUUAUUCACGAAAGGCUCGACGAAGGUGAAGCUGGACAACUACGCCGAGGAGUUCAACGACGGUCGCUGGCACUCGCUGAUGCUGACCAUGGCGCCCGACAGCCUCGUGUUGGCGGUGGACUUCCGGCCCCUCAAAACUACUAAGCUGCUCAAGUUUAUCACCGGAAGCACUUAUUAUAUCGCGGGUGGCAAGGCUCCUACGCGAGGAUUCGUUGGCUGCAUGCGUAAAAUCGCGAUGGACGGCAACUACCGGCUGCCGACCGACUGGAAGAAGGAGGAGUACUGCUGUCCCAACGAGCUAGUGUUCGACGCCUGCCACAUGAUUGACAGGUGCAACCCCAACCCGUGCGAGCACGGCGGCGUGUGCACGCAGAGCGCGGACGAGUUCACGUGCGACUGCGCCGACACCGGCUACGCGGGCGCCGUCUGCCACUCGCCCGUGCACCCGGUGUCGUGCGGCGCGUACGGGCGCGCGGGCGCGGGGGGGCGCGCCGUGCUGCUGGACGUGGACGGCUCGGGCCCGCUGCCGCCCUUCCCCGCCACCUGCCACUUCUACUCCGACCGCAUCGUGACGGCGGUGCACCACUCGUCGACGCAGAGCACGCAGAUCGACGGCUACCAGGAGGCGGGCAGCUUCCGCCAGGACAUCGUGUACGACGCGUCGCGCGCGCAGCUGGAGGCGCUGCUCAACCGCAGCCUCUCGUGCAGCCAGCGCCUCGAGUACUUCUGCAAGCACUCGCGCCUGCUCAACUCGCCCAGCACGGAGGCCGACUUCCACCCGUUCGCGUGGUGGGUGUCGCGCAGCGGGCAGCGCAUGGACUACUGGGCGGGCGCGCAGGCCGGCAGCCGCAUGUGCCAGUGCGGCGUGCUGGGCACGUGCGUGGACCCCACCAAGUGGUGCAACUGCGACGCCGAGCACGGCCCGCUCGCCCGCGACGAGUUCCAAGUGGACGGGGGCGACAUAACGGACAAGGAGUUCUUGCCGGUGAAGCAGCUGCGGUUCGGCGAUACGGGCAGCCAUCUCGACGAGAAGGAGGGCCGGUACACGCUCGGGCCGCUGCUCUGCGAGGGCGACGAUCUCUUCAGCAACGCGAUAACAUUCCGCAUAUCCGACUCUGUGAUCUUGUUACCAACAUUCGACCUCGGGCACAGUGGUGAUAUUUACUUCGAGUUCCGCACUACACAAGAAAAUGCUGUUCUUUUACAUUCUAAGGGUCCACAAGAUUACAUCAAGCUCUCGAUCAUCGGCGGCGAUCAGCUGCAAUUCCAGUUCCAGGUCGGAGAUACUCCGCUGGGAGUCUCCGUGGACACCAGCAAACGUCUCUCCGAUAACAACUGGCACUCGGUCUCCAUCGAAAGGAAUAGGAAGGAGGCGCGCGUGGUGGUGGACGGCGCGCUGAAGAACGAGAUCCGCACGGCCAAGGAGCCCGUGCGCGCGCUGCAGCUCAGCACGGCGCUGGCGCUGGGCGCCGCGCUCGACCGCAAGGACGGCUUCGUGGGCUGCGUGCGCGCGCUGCUGCUCAACGGCCGCGCCGUCGACCUGCGCCGCCACGCCCGCCGCGGCGUGUACGGCGUGUCGGUGGGCUGCGUGGGCAAGUGCGAGUCGUCGCCGUGCCUCAACAACGGCACGUGUCUGGAGCGCUACGACUCGUACUCGUGCGACUGUCGCUGGACCGCCUUCAAGGGACCCAUAUGUGCCGACGAAAUUGGUGUCAACCUCCGUCCAAAUUCUAUGGUGAAGUACGACUUCCUUGGCUCUUGGAGAUCCACCAUUAAUGAGAAAAUCCGCGUUGGUUUUACGACCACAAACCCUAAGGGUUUCCUGCUGGGAUUCUAUUCUAACAUCUCCGGGGAGUACCUAACUCUCAUGGUAUCUAACUCUGGUCACCUUCGGGUCGUCUUCGAUUUCGGUUUCGAGAGACAGGAGAUAAUUUUCCAAGGAAAGCAUUUCGGCCUCGGACAGUACCACGACGUGCGACUCUCGCGCAAGGAUAGCGGAGCCACUAUGGUGUUGCAGGUGGACAACUACGAGACGCAGGAGUACCACUUCAACAUCCGCGAGUCGGCCGACGCGCAGUUUAACAACAUCCAGUACAUGUACAUGGGCCGCAACGAGACCAUGAGCGAGGGCUUCGUGGGCUGCGUGAGUCGCGUGGAGUUCGACGACAUCUACCCGCUCAAGCUGCUGUUCCAGCAGGACCCGCCGCCCAACGUGCGCACCAUCGGAGGUGUGUUGCACGAGGACUUCUGUGGAGUGGAGCCCGUGACGCACCCGCCCGAACGUGCGGAGACACGCCCGCCUCCCCCCGCAGACCUCGCCUCCGAUCUCGACUACCACCGCACCGACGAGGCCAUACUCGGCACGGUACUCGCGUUUAUUUUCCUGUUGCUGAUCGUAGUGGCGAUAGUGCUCGUGCGAGCUCUCUCCCGACACAAGGGAGAAUAUCUCACACAGGAGGAGCGCGGCGCGGACGGCGCGGCGGACCCCGACGCGGCCGCGCUGGCCGCCGCCACGGGCCCGCGCGUCACCAAGCGCCGUGAGUUCUUCAUCUAGCGCGCCCCCGCGCCCCGCGCGCCGCACGCCCCGCCCCGCCCCGCCCGCCGCCCGCAGCUGCCCGCGCGCGUGUUUAUAUUCCUUAUUCGAUAUAUGACAGCGACGUAAGUCGCACACUAUACAGUUCCUUCGCACGACUCCACUUAAAUUGAAGCUCGGAUGUUUAUGAAAUUAUUUUGUCUUUUACCGGGUGGACUACUCGUAUGAAUUGGAUUCUAUUAUGAGUUCGAUGACUUACUUUUGGCAUGAACACCGCGUUCGCAAGAUAACAUAAUUAAAUAUAUUAGCAUCUGGUUUAUUGCCUUCGCCUAUAUCUAUUUAAGAUUCAUUCGUAUGAUAAUUGAUACACAGCUGAAUGUCAAUGAAUAUAUAUGUAUCAUACUUUAAAUUGUAAUACAUUAAGUAAAAAAUCCACACACUUUUAUACUUAAUUUACACUUACUAAUCGCUACUAAGACAAUCUUUUAAGACAAACUUAUGUAUAAUAAAAAAAUAAUAGGUUUAUUGUAUUCUUCAAUCGAAUAUAGCUCUUAAAGUCUCUCCCGAAAGGUGCCAUUUGGCUACUUUUAUAAAUCUUUUAUGAAUCUCAUCUUAUUAUUCGAUAUUCUCUCGCUAUUAUUAACUUUAAAUCUUUGCAAUAUAAUUCACUUUCAUUUGACCGAACUGAAAUUGACAAGUUAGGUAUAAGUGAACUACACGCACUUCUAAAGCACAUUAAGAUUGGCGUUAAAAUUAUAUAUUUAUUUUUUAGUGCGGAUUUCCAUAUAUUUUAUUUCGAAAUAUAUAUUUAUAAAAUAUAAAUAUUAUACUUUAACAUUAAUUUUAUUUUCUCGAUUACAAUGUAUUUUUAAUAUAAAGAUUUUUCAGUAAAGUAUUCCAUUGACUGAUUUUAAUGUACUUUUUAUUUAACUCGGAUUAUUUUUUAAUUCAUAUAUCCUUGUGUACAAAAGCUUAACAUCGCGUAUAAGUAUAUAAAGGAUUCGCCUUAUAUUUACGUUUUACGCGUAUUAUAUAUUUAUAUAAAACGAUACGAUACGCAAUGUCAAUUGCGUAUAUACUAAGCUUGAGAAACGUUUUUGCAAUAAGGAUUUAAUAAAAGUUACAAAAUAAUGACUUUUGGAGAUAAUUGCUUUGUAUUGUACCAACAUUAAUAUAUACAUACAUUAUUAUAAAUUAAGAUUCGUUAAUAAUAACAUCUAGAUCGCUAGAUUUAAAAGCAAAAAGUGAGUUGAUUUUGACGUCUCUGUGUUUAUAGUCUGUGUAAGUAUUAAUGAUACAAAUGUCAUGUUAUAUAAUAAUGCUGAUUUUACUGCACUUACUCUCUUAAGUUAUUUUAAUAGAUAUGUUUGACCCCACACACAUACACACAUAAACAAAUAGCAAAACUAUAAAAUUAGUAAAGGCAUUAUGUUAAAUCUUAGGCCUCGAAGCAUGAAAGUUUCUUCACUGUCGUCCUUUACACGUAUGAGGUGAAAAAAAAAUAUAGCACAUUGAAAUUCAGUUAUGUGGAGCUUAGCCAUCUCAGUUGAUAUUCGUUCCUUUUUUUAAUUUCACUAAAAAGAGAUAGCAUUACCUAUGGAAGGUUAAGAGAUACCGUAUAGUAGAAUCAACAAUGUCAUAUAAAAUAUGCUACACUCGACACCCUGACGACUGCAUAUCACGGAUUUCCAUGUAAAUCAUAGAAUGAUUGAAAUACCUUCACUUUGAUUUGUAAAAUAUGAAAUAUUUUUUUAUAAAGAAUUGUCAUCCAAUUGAAAUGAAAUACAAAUUAGUUGUAAGUUGUAGUUUAAGCUUCAUUAUAGCAGAAUCUCUUUUUGUCCUGUUUUUUUUUCUUUAAUUUGAGCUUUUUGUUUUCCGUCCAAAUGUGUAUUUUUUUUAUGUAUAUUUGACUUUGUUCAUUCGAUAUGAUAGUUUGUAUUUGAUUCUCGAUUUAGAUGUUAGUUAAGUAGGAAUUUAUUUAAUGAUGUAACUAACUGUGGCACUGUAAGGUUUACAUAAAAAAUAUAUUUUUAAUUUUCUGAUUGGACUUAAGAUUUUUUUAAGGAUUAUUCUUUUGAAUAUGUAAUUGUCUUAUUUGUUCUAUAUUUAUGAUCUCAUAUAGCGCUCAUGUGUUGAAAAAAAAAAAACGAUCUAACUUAUAAACAUUGUUGUUUAGAUGAAUACCGAAUUCUCUCUUUUUGUCGUAAUCGAUUUGUCAUUAGUAAGAAGAGUACAAAACAUUGCUUUCAAAAUUUAUAGGUAAAGCCUUUUUUAUUAAUUAUAUAACAUUUCUUGUCUUUAGUUAACCAAAUAAAUAUUUUCAUACAAAUAUGGCGAAAUAAUUCGUAUGGUUAUGCUUAUAAUAUCAUAAAGAUUCAAGUGCCACAGAGUAUACACGUACUUGCUGAAUAAAAUAUAUCGUUUAUAAACAUCACAUAAAAACUAUUUAAGUUUAUUAUUUUAAUUAUAUGGGUAUAUUUUAUUUAGCGACGUACGUGUCGGUACAGUUAGGUCACGUGCCUUAUAUCGACGGCACGGAACACGUAGUGCGUUGAGAGUAGAGUUUUUUAUUUUACUACAACUGAGAUCACGAAAUAAAUUUUUCAAAAUAAA